UUUUUGUAGAGCACUAGUAUAUAAAGAGGGUGAUAGAUUGACUAGAUUGAGUAUGUUAUACUGAUUAUCUGGGAACAUGGCUGAUCGAACAGAAAAAACGGGACUCCUUGAUAAAAAGUCACCGUCAACGACGUACGCAAGACAACUGUUUGCCCUUGUCGUCGUCGUGUUUGCGAUAGAGUUUGGAUUGGGAGUCAAGUUGUGUCUUGUCAACAUGAAAUACUGGCUGUUUAUGGAUGCCUCAUGUGAUCACCUCAACGCAACCGCCAACGCCACUGUAGAGCCCCCAACCGAGGAUCCUGGUUAUCUGGUUGCUGGUAAACACAUUCGGACUGGAAGCACUGUGCAUGUACUGCUCUUCCUGUUUACGUUUCUCAUCUCUGCCCUCAACAUGCUCGAGUACGUUCAACUUGCCUACGGGACAUACAAGUAUCUCUCUGACUCGCAAAAACCACUCCCUACAAAAGUGACGCCGGAAGAUCCGAAGCCUCUACGGAAGCCGUGGUGUAGCUGGUUGGCUAUCUUUGUGAUCUUUUUCUUCUUGUGCUUAGUUCCUCUCCUCAAGUUCUCUGUGGGUGUUAUUAUGGAGGUGCAGAAAUCGGGAUGCAUUUGGGAGGCCUCUUCUGGCGGUAAUUUGUCGAGGAUUUAUGUGGCCUACUGUUGUUUGGAGCUGUUGAACGCUGUCUUGCUUGCCUGCACUGUUCGAGUAUUAAUGGUGUGGCAAACAAUCAAGAUUAGGAGUGUUUGGUUCACCGAUACGAGAAAAGCUCCUAAAAAGCAUACCGAAAACGAAUCGUUUAAGAAGGAAGCGGAAAAAGCCUGGCUAGCUGAGAGGCAAGACUAUGAAAGAAGGGGAAAAGAAGUCAAACGAAUGAUGACUCCAUUCAAAUGGUGGUUCCUAACACCUUGGAUCAUGUUUUUGGUCAUGACUCUCAUUAACCCACACACUCUGCUAACACCUUGGACUAGGUACGAGGAUUCAAAGCUCCUGAGCAUGUCUCAAGUAUACUACCUUCUGUUGGUUGUGUUGAAGGCAUUCCAAGUGUUCACACAGAACGCUUGUGUCAUGGCUAUGAACAACUACCACCGAGAGUACUAUCGAAAGAUGACCAGACGAUUUAUGAAAGGGUUUACGCAGGAUGUAGAUUCCACUCCGAAAUAUCAAGAAGAAGCGAAAGAGUUUUUUUUUGUUUUCAAUGAGAAGUUCAGUUUCCACCCGAACUUUCUGUGUAUUAAUGCGAGGAUCGAGGUGGACACUCCAUACUUUGUUUUGUGUCUUAUACUAGGUAUCUUUGUGACCUCCUCUGAUAUUCUUUUUAGGUAAAUAGAAAGCGGUUGUUUAGACCGCAGCUAGGGGUUUUAUAUGAUAUGUUCUUUUUAGGUAGAUACAAUCUUUUUAGGUAGAUACAAAGUUAUAAUGUACGUAGUACAAAAAUUAUUCUGAAGCUCAA